AUGGAUACAUUACCAUCAUCACUACCAUUAGAUGCAAGAGGCAAACGGGUUAUCGUCAAAAACGUUGAUCAGAUUAGCAACCUCCCUGACGAUGUGUUGAUCACGAUCCUAACAAGUUUGUCCACAGAAGAAGCUGUCAAGACAUGUAUACUAUCUAAGCGAUGGGAGAAUGUUUGGAAACAACUACCUUUUCUCAAUUUCGAUAUGAAAUAUACUCUCAACUACGACGUGACUUGUCUGGCAACUCGUUCUAAUCUUGUUGGUGAACUGAUUACCAAGGUUUUUUCUUUUUCAUUAUUUUCUUUCUUAUGGUUUUCAAUCAAUUAUUUUGAAAAAUAA